UCCUUUUCAUUUCCUUCAAAUCACCCAUUUAUUUUGCUUCCUCUCUCUCUCUGCGCUCCCUGAUCUUGUUUCCCCUCUUUCUCUCUCUUCUUUAUUGUUUUCUUGAAUGCUCUCAGGUCACUGUGCUCAGUACAUAAACAGUCUCAGCUUUGAACGAAACCAAUUCAAAUUUUGAAGAAAAAAAAGAAUUCUGGAAGGGCUGCUCAAAAACAGUACAGAAGCUCUUAAAGGCAGCCCACAAUCUCAAAAUGGAGGUUGUGAUUCUUUGAAGGAGUGUAAUUAGUCCUUUGCUUGGUGGUUUCUUCUUCUCCUCUCUCUCUAUCUCUCUACCUCUAGCUAUGGAUGUUGUUGGAAAAGAUGCUAGUGUUGAGCCUUCUAAUGCAAAUGAUGAUUCUUUAAACUAUCACACUCCUAAUAUAGCUCCAGAGUGGCAAGUUAAUGGAAAUAAUUUAACUAACACGUCUAUUGGGAUGACGUCCGUCUGCAAUUCAAUGGUGGAGUCCUCUGCUUGCUCCUCGCCCUCGAUGGUUGAUUCAUUUUGCCCUACGGUUUGGGACCAUUCGAUUAACGGACAGAGUUUGGGGUAUUGCGAUGUGAAUGUACAGAAUGAUGUUAGCACUUCUAGUAACCUUGGUUCUGUGAGGGCUGAUUUGGGUUGGAACCCAAGUGCAAUGAUGCGAGGGGGUAUGUUCAUGCCGCCUGUUUCGGGUAUGCUGCCUAACUUUCCGGCUGAUUCUGGUUUCAUUGAGAGGGCAGCGAGAUUUUCGUGCUUCAGUGGAGGGAAUUUCGGUGAAAUGAUGAACCUGUUUGCUGUUCCUGACCCGCUGAAUCCGUUCUCUCAGGGGUUGGGUGUGGUUCACUCGCAGAGGCAUGAAAUGAACAUGGCCGAGUUGUCCAAAGAGGGUGGUCUGUUUAUGGGGAAGCCGGGGGCUGAAGGGAGCCCUUUCAAGAAUGAGAAGAGGAGCGAGAGUUUACAUGAUGAGGCCAAACAGGGAGUUGGGAUAGCGGGUAAUGACUCUGACGAGGCUGAGUGUAGCGGCCGUGGCCCUCAAGAGGAGGUGGCCUGCAUGACGGGAGAGUCUCCUGGCAAAGGGCUUGGCCCUAAGAAGAGGAAGAGAGGAGGGGUGCAGAAUGCUCAGAAUGAUGAGAAUAAUGAAACCCCAACGCAGUCCGCUGAGACGACAAAGGACACCAGGGAGAUGAAACAAAAAGGUGAUCACAACACUACAUCAAACAGCAAUCCUGGCAGCAAGAAUGGGAAGCAGGGGUCUCGAGGCUCGGAUCCGCCUAAGGAAGAUUACAUACAUGUUAGAGCACGGAGAGGUCAAGCAACGAACAGCCACAGUCUCGCUGAGAGGGUGAGAAGGGAAAAGAUCAGUGAAAGGAUGAAAUUCCUUCAGGAUCUUGUGCCUGGUUGCAGCAAGGUCACCGGAAAAGCUGUAAUGCUCGAUGAAAUCAUCAAUUAUGUGCAAUCACUACAACGGCAAGUUGAGUUCCUAUCAAUGAAGCUCGCGACUGUAAAUCCUCGUUUGGAGUUCAACGUUGAAGGGUUCCUAACUAAAGAUAUGCUACAAUCUAGAGGUGGUAUGUCGUCACUAGGAUUAUUGCCAGAUAUGACUAUGCCGUUUCCUCCAAUUCAUCCGCCACAACUGGGACUAAUCCAGACAUGUAUUCCAAGUAACUCUGCUGAAGCUCUUCGUAGACCAAUCAAUAUUCAAUCACCAUCCGUCUGUGCAGGAUUCAAAGAACCUUCUUCUCAACCUCAGGUAUCCAACUGGGAGGAUGAACUUCACAAUGUCGUGCACAUGGGCUUCACCUCGAGUGCUCCUUCCAGUAGCCAGGAUUUAAGUGGCUCUCUGCCACCAGGACACAUGAAAGCCGAGCCCUGACCAAUCAUCAAUCCCUGUAAUCUAAUAUCUUCGGAGUGGAUUACCUAGAACGAAGCAAUUGAAUGUAUUCCUGAGCUCAGGCAGAUUAGGAUUCUCACUAGUACAUACUUAUCCUUGUCUGGCAAUUGAAAACUUACAUAUACUGGAUUCUGGAGUUGGAACUCUCUGGGCGAAAAGGCGUAGCAACAAACGACUGCGUAGUAUUCAAGCAGUUCUACUUCAGAGCCGUCAUCUCCAGCUCCAUUAUGUCGACAAAUGAGAAUUGUACAUUCUUGAGUUAUGCUGGGAGAGAUUUCUGCACAUGAUAUUCAUAAAAAUCAAGUAUAAAAAUGUUGUCUUUGCUCAAAUGUGUUAUGAUCAGAAAGAUUUGGCCUUGUUAAAUGGGUGCCUCAAAUUUGUAGUAUAAAAAUUUGUGCAUUGUUUUCGUUUUCGUUUUCCAGGUUGCA